UGUUUCCUGAACCCACCGUGUUCCUAACUGACUCCCCUCCUCUCCAGUAAAAGGCAAGGGAAGGACAGAGUGAGAGAAUCUGUCAUUUACUCUCAGUUAAGCCAAGCACAGAGAGAUACCUGGAGUCCAGCUGAUGAAGUCAUGUCUUUGUGUGCCUCUCUGCGAUAGAGCUGACCAAAGCACACAGCCUCUGGGAUUUGCUCCUGCUGCAGUGACAGAAGACGCUGUAACUCAUCUGAACAGUCUACAUAGAAACAAACACUAUACAAACACUCUUUUUUUUAGCUGCUCACCUCCUCUUACACUUCUUUUGAGAGGAUUGUGAGCUCACAGGCAGGAGUGCCGCUGUUUUGCCUGGUGGACAGCCAGCAGUUUGUGAGCCGGCGAUGUCGUGGGACUGUGGCCUGAGGUACAUGUUCUCUGUGUCCCCUGCGCUGCAGCAGGGGAGCAUGUGCAUCCUGCAUGACAAGGAGGAUCUGUCCAGACUGGAGAUGGUCCAGAAACUGGCCAAGGAUGGCUGCCGCUUCCUGCAGAACCACAACAAGGGCCCAGAGAGGACAAGUGAGCCCCAGAGUGACGAGGCAGUCCGCGUGCAUCUGAGGGAGAGGGGCCACGAUGUGCUGGUUCUCCAGAGAAUGUCGUCAGAGCAGCCAGCCCCCUCUGCAUCGGCGAGGGGAGGAGGGAGAGAGGAGACAAGGAACAGGAGGUACGUGGUGGUAUCAGGAACCCCGGAGAAGAUCCUGGAGCACUUGCUGAAUGACCUGACACUAGACGAGGACCAGGGGACAACACAGGGCAAAGAGUCAGAUACACUUCUGGAUGACUUUCUGCUGACCUACCCAGUGUUCAUGUCCACCAGUGAUUUAUGCCAGGCUCUGCUGGGACACUAUUGCACCAAGCGAUAUAGAGGAAAAGAGGACAGGAAGGAGGCUCUGGAGAGGAAGCGAAAAGUUCUGCACCUGGUGUCGCAGUGGAUGGGUCUCUGCAAAGAUUUCCUGAGAGAAGACGAGCAUGUCAAACUUUUCACGAAGACUUUGUACCGUUACGUGUUUGAUGAUCUCUGUGAGCACCCAGCCCUGGAGAAGGAUGUGAAAGAACUGCAGAAACUGUACCAGCUGCAUCGCAGACAUACGGUGGAUGAAUAUUCCCCUCAAAGGAAGAGCAAAGCACUUUUCCACCAAUUGAGCCUGAAAGAGAACGGGCUCCAGUCCAGAGGCACACAGAGGGAGACCAAGGAAGUGCUGUGUCAUGUGUACAUUACCAUGGAUUCGUACCUAAGUAUGAGGGCUCAUACUGCGGUAGUGACCCAGGAGCUGCUGCAGGCGGUGGCAGAAAGGAUGGAUGUCCCACAGGGGGAGUUGGUACUGGUGGCUGUCACUUACCCUGGAGGUAGGCUCCUCUUGCAGCCUCAGGACAGAGUCUUCUCUGAUUCCUUACGGCCGGUGGGGAGGCUGCAUGUCUGCAGGAAGGACCUGGGAGAAGUCCUGAAUCCAUUCACAGACAACUCUGAGAUACAGCAGAGGACGGCUCGCAUGCUUAGUUUAAACACAUGGGAUGUGGCUGUUGCUCUCACCAACUUUGACUGGACCAUCUUUGACUCAAUACAUGAGCAAGAGCUCGUCUAUUUCACCUUCAGCCGCCACAGUAGCAGCGGCCACACUGUGGCGUUGGAGCUGCUGCUGCAGCGCUGCAAUGAGGUGCAGCUGUGGGUGAUGACUGAGGUGCUGCUGUGCCCAACACUCUGCAAAAGGGUGCAACUCAUCAAGAAGUUCAUCAAGAUCGCCGCCCACUGUAAAGCUCAGAGGAACCUCAACUGUUUCUUUGCCAUUAUAAUGGGCCUGAACACUGCAGCUAUUAGCCGCCUCAGCCAAACAUGGGAGAAAAUUCCUGGGAAAUUCAAAAAGCUGUUUUCAGAGCUGGAGACAAUUACAGAUCCGUCGCUGAACCAUAAGGCCUACAGGGACUCCUUCAAGAAGAUGAAGGCUCCAAAGAUCCCCUUUCUUCCCCUGCUGCUGAAAGAUAUUACAUUCAUUCAUGAAGGCAACAAGACGUUUCACGACAACCUGGUCAAUUUUGAAAAGCUGCACAUGAUAGCAGACACAGUGCGGCUCAUCCGGCAGUGUCAGAAAGAUCACAUGGGAAAUGGCAUCACCCAAAAGAGCAGCUCAGAAGUGCGAGCCUACAUCGAUUACCUUCAUAUCAUCGACAAUCAGCAGACUCUUUUUGAACUGUCACACAGACUGGAGCCUCGUGCUUAGGGGACACUUCCCACUGUGUAAGCCGGACCGUUGGAUUGCCAAGGAACAAUCUAUUGUUGGCUCAUUUAUCUCUCAGGGCUCUGUAAGCAGUCAGAGGACUCUGCAGGAUCCUGGACGACCACAGGAGGGAGCCAUUUGAUCAGGAAAACUCUCACCAGAGACAGAAACAAGCAGCAAAGGACACAUCUUAGGUUAAAUGCAUAAAUAUUUGCAUAGAUCCACAACAGUAUCACUGAUCCAGAAAAUCUGAAAUCAGGCCCUGCCAAACAUCCAACGGCUGAGCUUCAGUGCCAGCACUUCCACUCCAACUUAUGCUGCCCGUUGGCAAGACAAAAACAACACCAGCAGCAGGUUAGAGCUAAAGAUAUUGAUCUGCAGGUCCAAAUCUGCUGCUACUGCUAUUACUUCCCUACUGAUGGCAGAGGUUGGCAGGUGUAGAGCUGUUCUGACAAUGACCCAACAGCUCCCCACUGUGGAGAAUCAGCAGAGUGAGUUUGUUUGCAGAUGAAGUUCUUCCCAGCUGGUAAAAAGCUCCAGAAAAGAAAUGUUUAAACAACAGCGAUUGACACAAAGGGUCCACUUAAUAGCCUUUCCAGGCUGUUUAACCACAUAAAUCCAGUCAUGUGAAGGGACUGACAUCAUAAAAUGCAGAAUUAGCUCAUGAUAUCUUUUUGUAUUUUUCAGACAGUGUUUAUAGAUCUGGCAGCAGAGGGUUGUUUGAUCAGAUUGAACCAAAGAGUCGCUGUUUUCUCAGAGUCCGCCACGUUCCAGAUGUUCUCUUUGUCAGAUGUAGGACAUGCAGUCACAAAUCAAUCAGUACAGUGUAUGCACAACAAGCUGAUGUCUUGCUAAACCGAAUCAAGAUAAGCGACAUAGUGAAAAUAAUUGUAAAAUUACAAUUAUAAUUGUUAAAUAUGUGACAUUUUCAUAUAUUAUUUUCAUGAUCUAUUUUAUUACAUUGCAAAACUCUCUUACCACACAUGUUUUUUGUAGUGUUUAACCAUAAAGUGCAGUGUAUUAGGCUUUGGAUGGAUAUUAGAAAAGAAUACAGUAUACUGGAUUUCUUUUGUGUGUGUGUGUGUGUGAAAAGUAUCGUGUGUGAGUUAUAAUGAUGUAUGUUAGUGCCAAAUACCGUAAAAAUGCCCAUUCAAAUCAAUGCUAAAUGCUCAUCUUUAAAAAAAAAAA